AAUCACGGGCAUUUCUGUAAGCCCAUAUUCACGAGUCUAAUAACUGUUUCCUUGUAAUAACCUGUACUGAAAUUACAAUCCUUACAACUCAAAUCACUAUCGGAAGACCCCCCAAAGAAGCCAGUUCUGUUGCAGAAAGUGGCAAUGGCAGGUGUCGGAGGAGGGAACGAUUUCCAAUGGUGCUUCUCUCAAGUGAAGGGAGCCAUAGACGAGGAUGUGGCUGAAGCCGACAUAAUCUCAACGGUUGAGUUUAACUAUUCUGGAGAUCUACUAGCAACAGGAGACAAAGGAGGUCGGGUCGUCAUAUUCCAACGGGAACAAGAGAGUAAAAACCGUCCUCAUUCCAGAGGAGAAUACAAUGUGUACAGCACUUUCCAGAGCCACGAACCCGAGUUUGACUAUUUGAAAAGCUUAGAAAUCGAGGAGAAAAUCAACAAAAUAAGAUGGUUACCCCAACAAAACGCUGCGCACUCUCUGCUCUCAACAAACGACAAGACCAUCAAGCUGUGGAAAAUCAGCCAACGGGACAAAAGAGCAGAAGGCUACAACUUGAAAGACGAGGAUGGAAGACUGAGAGAUCCUUUUAGAAUCACGUCGUUACGGGUGCCUGUGCUGCUGCCCAUGGACCGGAUGGUGGAGGCUAGCCCACGGAGGAUAUUCGCUAACGCACACACAUAUCACAUCAAUUCCAUCUCUGUAAAUAGUGAUCAUGAAACAUACCUUUCAGCCGAUGAUCUCAGGGUUAACCUCUGGCACUUAGAAAUCACAGAUAGAAGUUUUAGUAUCCUUUUUAAGCAUAAAGAAUACACAACAUUUAAUUUAAAUGUCAAGAUUUGUGUGUGUGUUUGUACCUGUGAGUAUGUCUACCUGUGAGUGUG